AUGGCACAUUCCCCCAGUGAAGUGGGAAUUUAGUGCAACCUCAUCCUCAUUUUCACUUUCUCUCACCACUCCAGUUUAUUUUUAUCUUCAUUUCUCAUAAUUAAAAUUUCUAUUUUUAAAUUAUUAUGGAGGAGGAGGGACACUCAUCAGGCGAAGAUUUUGUAGUGAGAAGACCACCCGUUGCUCCAAUGAUGGAGGGGGAGGAGGUAGUGGCCGGUCCGUCUUCUAACAAGCGACCAAAGCGACAGUCUUCCCCUACUCCCUUACCAGUCCCCAUUUCUGCCAAAUUGUUGCCAGCGGAGAAGAAAAAGCACCCACUCGCUCCCACUGGUUAUCUCAACCCUCCCGGGACAAAGAUAAGGAAAAGAGAAAGUCGGUCACGACAGGAAGUUUAGCCAGGGAGGACGACGAUUUCGAACCAGUGUCAUGGUUUUACUUUCCAAAGGUGGAGGAAGAGAUACAUGACGAGGGCAGUGGGGGGAUCUACGUUCGAACGGGAGAAUUGGCUGAAGAAUUCGAAAUCAGAUAUACGGGAGGAGCGUCUGAAUCGAGAAUUGGAAAAACAAAGACAGAUGAAGGUGUAGAUCUCAUUAGGAAGACGAUUCUACAAUUAGUUGGUAAAGAAUCUCCCUCCGCACCUGAGCUGGAUAUAGAAGAAUGAUCCCCCGAACUAAUUUUCACGCAAGAAGAGGAGGGUUUGACUGAUGAAGAGAGAGAGCUGCUCUUUACUAAGAUUUUCGAAAAAGGUGGACGAGUUCCCGUCGUCGAAACACAGGAGUUACGGUGAACAGACUUAUAUAGCUGAGAGAAUUUGUACUAAGCGUGGCUGCUACCAGUACAAAUCCACACUAUCAAGUGAAGUACUCCCUAAGUGUGCAGUACACAAGGAUAAGGUGAUCUAUAUGGUGGUGGGAUUGACUCCUUACGGGGGAAAAGACGCUCUUGUUUUGAAGCAUAUGAAGUUCGUGAACUCCGUCCCGUUGGAUUCAUCUGACUUUGUGAUAAAGCAGGAGGCAAAAUUACGCAUGACUCAUUUAGUUUCCCAUUAUCCAAAUUGGGUCAACUAUUGUGCCACAAAAGAAGUCCACCUAUUACCUAAAGAGAUUUCCAUGCACCACUACGACAACGAACAGGAUGCGUUAAAACGACUGGCACUAGAGUCGACGAUCGGCAUGAUGAUGCAACUCGCCCCAGGGACUAUGCCUUUCACUAAUUUGGACGAUGUCAUUCCACUCAGUUAUGGAAUGGAGGACGAGAUCGAUACGCGUCUUAAGGAACUGGGCAUGCAUCUCAAAAUCCUUCGUAAGUUGAAACCGGAAGAGAACGUGACCUAUCCAUUUCAAGGGGAAUAUUUACUCGGAACGCCAGCAGCCGAGACGCAACAACCUGAGAAAGGAACGGCGUUUUUAUACACCAUUACUUCACGCGACAUGUUGUAUUUUGGUCAGAGUGACACCCCCGACUUCAAGAGCCGACUAGACAGAAGUAGGAGGGACGGUGCUAGUGCGUACAAGCGGAUCACAGAGGCCAAGACUUACCCACCAGGGAUCAAAGCCCCCACGAUGACAUGUACUCUCCUGGCCAAAUGUGAUGUCAAAGACAAGGACACGAUUGAGGCGAAAAUGAUAAUUGCAGGUUACAUUGCAUAUUUACUAGGACUUCGAAAUCCACUUCGCCCUCAAAAUUGUUCUGCUCGUUGUUACUCGACCAAUAAAUGUGUCCUUCUGAGCCUUGUGGAUUCUGGUGCCUGGAGUGAGAUAUGCGAGUUUAUUAAGUUAUUUUGGAGAGUGGAGCCCAUGUUUGGAAGAUCCGAGAAGCAGCUUCGUGUCAAGAAUCGUGUGACAAUGAACGAGGCGCAGGAACGGAGUGAAGGUGAGGACGAAUCUUCCGAGGAUGAAGAUUACAAUCCAGAGAAGGAUAAGCACAAUCCGAGCGAUAGCAGUGAUAGUGAGGUUGGUCUCGUCACUGAUUCUGAAUCAUCAGUUGUGAGCGGAAGUGGUGGGAGCGGAUCUGACAGCGAUUGAACAACCUCUUCUCCAGUCUCCAUCCCUAUCCAUCUACUUUAUUUAUUUAUUAAACAGUUACUACUUACUAUUACCUGCCGUUUUAGUGCCUAAAAUUUGCCAGUUUAAAUUAAUUAAAUUUUUGUUUACUUGAUAACACUGAGGCUGAUCGAACAUGAUUCCACUACUCAGUUAAUUUCCUAGUAUGUACUACAUACCUAAACCGACGGUGGAGUGGGAGAAGGUUGCUCGGCGGGCUGAUGAUGGUCAUCCUGUUAGCAUUCGUGCUGUCCACAGUGGUCGUCGUGAUGCUGCGGUGAGGAGGAUCGUUCCCGCCCUCGUCGUUUCCAGAUGUGACUAGUGAAUAGGAUACCAAACAAUUAUUAGCAUAACCUGACCGGCACAAGUAAGGUACUUAAGGACAAGUGGAGAACAUGAUUGAUGAGUCACAAAGUGAAAUUAUUGUCUUCCGCCUUGUCGACAGUGUUGUUGAUGGUGGAGAGCAGGGUGUUGGCAUUUCCG